AAGAUAAUUAAAGAUAAAGGCACCACAAAAUGUGAUCAACUUAAUAAUACAAGCGCAGAAGAGCGAGAGAAGCGGACUGUUAACGCGGGAGAAGUAGAAAUAUGUUUGUGUAAAAACAAAAUUUUCGGAAUAUUUUCACAUUGUCUACAUUACGGAACUUUAUUUAUUACUGUCGGAAGAUAAAGACCAAAAUGAGAUCUACAUUACUCUUCUUCGUCGCUAUAAUUCUUAAUCUUCUCCGGCCAUCAAUAGGAAACAAUGAUCUUUUCUUCCCGUUUGGAUUAACGGAAGGCGACAGAUUCAUGAACAUAAUUGAUGAUGGGUCGACAUUCCGACAACUCAUCUCUGUGGUUUUCCCCUUCUUCGACAAUAACCAUUAUAGUCUAUUUGUAAACACUAACGGUGUCAUUUCGUUUUUGGAGCAAGUGACAGCUUAUACACCUGACCGAUUUCCACUCGAUGACAACCGCCGUCUGCUGACACCCUUCUGGGCCGAUGUGGACACGAGAGAUGGCGGCGCUAUUUCCUAUCGAGAGGUUCUCCGAUUCGGACAAGACGACGAUCUGUUCGUCGAGGCCGAUGCCAUCAUCAGAUCAUCCUUCGUUGAAAUGAGAGACUUUGUGUCAUCGUGGCUGUACAUCACAACUUGGGACCGGGUGGCUUUCUUUGGCAGUCAGGAUGAUAGUAUCAGAAAUUCCUUCCAGGCUGUGCUUGUAACCGAUGGCCGCUAUUCCUUCGCCAUCUUCAACUACGGUGAUAUCAACUGGACCACUGGGGAGGCCAGCGGUGGUGACCCAUUUACAGGUCUUGGUGGAACGCCUGCCCAGGUUGGAUUCAACGCUGGUGACGGAGUGACUUACUACAGCGUCCCUGGAUCUCAGACACCCGCUGUCGUCGACAUCGAAACGACUUCGAAUAUCGGCGUUCCGGGAAGAUGGGUUUUCAGAACGGACAAUGCCAACAUCGAAGGAUUAGAAUGCGUAACGUUUGGGAAGAUUACUUUAUUUCCUUUGGUCGGUUCCAUGCUUGGCGGGACUCAGGUGUUUAUUAACGGACCUUGCUUCAACUCAACAAGCCAAAUCGUUUGUGAUUUUGACGGAAUCAAAACGAAUGGAAGGCUUCUGUCAGACAAGACCGCGAUUUGCAUAUCGCCAACGUUUUACAAAGUCGGAAGAAUUCCUCUUCUAGUGUCUUUAGACGAUGGAAACAGUUAUCUUUUCAAAAGCACUUUUACAAUUAGUAGCGUUGAGGACGUCCCUGACAAUGUAUUUUCCUUGGUAACGGAAAGCGACCAUAGAGAAUCCGACUUCGUGAUCACGUGGGACACCGAAGCCUUGCAGAGUGUAAAUGAGGUCGACAUCGUGGUCUAUGGGUACCAAGAGGAGAGGGGAAUCGAUUUCAAUGGACCUUUGAUCACACUGGCCCAAGGAGUUGAUUAUAGUAUCGGGAAUCACACAGUUGUAGGAUUAUCCUACAGCCAGAUUGAUUAUGAGGUCGGAGUCAUCGGGGUCAUCGAUUCUGCAGCAAAUUACAGCCGCGCUAUACUCUGGAGCAAGGUACAUGUUCUUCAGUGGAUGAAUGGCUUGGAUACAAAUAAGUGGUGUCGCAGUUGGCUUGACAUUGAGGUUGAAAAUGAUGAUACCUUUCUGAAUGCCACGCCACCGUGUCCUUGUACCUUUGACCAAGCUCAGUUGGACAUAGGCAGGUUCAGCCCCCAUCCGGAGUGUGACGUUGAUUCCACAUCGACCAACAACUGCAUUCACAAACCUCUCACAAUGCACUGUGUCCGAGCCAACCUGCCAAGCUUAAAAGGUGGUGGACAGGCGUGUUGCUACGAUUUCAAGGGAGUGAUCAUCAACGUCUUUGACUAUCCAGGAGGGGGUUACAGCCACCGCUACCAUCACGGAGGUGUCUAUCCUUACGAGAAGAUUGGAAAGGUACCAUAUUUGUCUCACUACGUGGCGGACUUGUUACCGUGGACCUACUGCUGUCGCUUCGGUGAGCACGAUGAUUCCGAGUGCAAAAACUUUGCAAGACAACGACCAUCUCAAAUGUGCGACAACUACAGGCCACCACCACCAGCGCUGGGAAAUGGCGACCCCCAUAUUGCAACUCUUGACUCGACCAUGUACACAUUCAACGGGCACGGUGAAUACACCAUGAUGAACGCACUAAACGGGACUUUCAUCUUGCAAGCAAGAACCGCACCUCUCUCGGGAAUCCCUUUAGCCACAGUGUUCAUAGCUGUCGCUGCCAGGUACGGUGAUAGUGACAUUAUCCAUGUUCAAACCAAUGAACGCAGGGUUCUUGAUGCGUACGUCCAACAAGUCGGAGAUGAACAGAAUUUCACGAGGAUUGACUUCACGCAAGCUCCUCGAUGGGCAUUCCAAGGUGUUUCGGUGACUGGUCGCAAUAUUACCUCAGAUGGAAUCCUUAUUGCUUUCGACGAUGGGGUAGGACUGACCUUGAAGGAAUCAGAAGGGGCUAUGAGUAUCUUCCUUGUCGUUCCGGACUCCUUCCGGAAUCAAACGCAAGGUCUGAUGGGAACGUGGAAUGGUGAUUCCAGUGACGAUUUUCUGACCCCUCAGGGAAAUCUGUUGUCACCUGAUUUGACUACUGAACAGCUACACGACCAAUUCGGGCUACAAUGGGAGAUCGAUGCACGAGAAUCGUUGUUCUUCUACGAAACUGGCACCGACCACGAAUCCGUUACGGAUCGCACCUACCGUCCCAUCUUUGAGCCAGUCACAAACCCCUUACUUAAUCAAACCCAGGUGGAGGAUGUCUGCGGUACGAAUCAGUUCUGUAUUUUCGACUACCAGACUACGGGUUCGCAGAACUUUGCCGAGAAUUCCGUAGAGGAAUUUGACCAGUAUGAAGAGGCCGUCGACAAUCGGGAGGCAUUCGUGAGCUGCCCAACUCUUUCCGCCCCUGCUAAUGGAAGUGCCAUCGUAACGACCUACGUAGCAGGGGGUGUCGCCAGAUUUGUAUGUGAUAGUGGGUUCGAACCGAGUCACGUGACCAACCUAACCUGCCAAUCAAAUGGAACGUGGACUGCUGGUGAUACUCCAACGUGUAUCGAGGUUUUCGUGCCGACGACCAUUGCGAUCUCUAUGCCGACGUCUGGAAUGACCUCUCAAGCUGCCAGAACAACACUGCUAUCAUCCUUUGGUCCGACUGAAACAAAGACUUCCCAAGACACAGCAACUCCAGCAACAUCUACUGCUACCUAUCGAGGAACUUCUCCACCUCAAGGAGAGACCAGAUCUACAGAACAGUAUGUAACAGAUGACACUACGACAUCCCCACAGUUGACCACGAUACUGAAGAAGGUAGACGAUGCUCUUCCCACAUGGUCGAUCGUAGUAAUAUCUCUUGGAUCCGUUCUUGUUGUCGCUGCUAUCGGGAUUAUUAUCGGCAACAUAUGUCACAAGAAAAGUGUGACACCUACUAAUAGCCAGGAAUUUGCUCACCCAAAUCCUACAUUCGUAAAGACUGACAUGGGGUAGCCAUCGAUUCCCUGUCGGAGAGUACAGGUUUCAAGACCGUAGACAGUCCCUACCCACGCACCCCACAGUACAGUACCCAAGUAGCACACGAAGAUCAAAUCUAUCAUUGAAUUGUUAUGUCUACAUCCGUCCAACAUCUGCGAAAGAAUUUUUUUUAUGGACUUAUAAAUUGAAUACUUUUUAUUGCUCAGUACACAACCAAAAAAUAUAAAAAGACUUCACCUAAUCGUGUUGAUGAUAUCAAAGUAAAUAGAGAGUUUUCGCAAUUGUAAAGGGACGGAUUCUGAAAAGAUAUUGAAAAUGCUAGUCAAAUCACAACGGACAGCUGAGAGGUUUUUGCCGAAAGUUGGUGGACCGGGAAAGCCGAUCGUCCUAAGAUUCGGGCCGAACGAAAAAUUGAAAAAUAUAUCAGUUUUCAGAGUCCAGGAGGACACUGCUGUUUUGAUCCACCGAUUUUCGACAAAGACUACAUUGUCAUGAAGUGCUUUUGACAAUAGAAUAUCUGAGAUCUAGAAGGCGCCUCCGGAGUGCUUGCGAAAACUCUCGUAUAACAAGUAGAGUAACAAAAUGUUGAGAGCUAUGCAGUGAAUUGUGUACUGUAACGUUUCUCUUCGUAGUCCUCACCCCCCGUCCUUCAUGAAUUCAUGGAAUUCAGUAUGGGAAAUAACUAUGUUUGCCUUACAUCAGAUUUACAGUUCAAUAAAUAUGAAACGGGUACAGUCACUUUAAUAGGCUGUUCAUCUAUACAUGAUUGCUCUUGAAUGUCCCAUUUGCAUGAACUUGAUCCGUGAACUUUAAAAGUGACUACGACGUUUCAAAAAUUUAACCUUGGCUAAGAUUUCGAUAAUGAUUUCCUAAAACAUCGCUUAGUUCAUUGACCCUAAUUGGCAUUUGACCUUGAUCAUGUGAGCUGAAACUCAAGCAAGAUGUUUAAUGAUACUUGGUUACCAUGUCCAAGUUGAACUAGGUCCAUAUACUUUCUAACUUGUGAUGCCAUUUCAAAAAAUUAACCAUAGUUAAGAUUUUAAUACUAACUACGCCACCGUCAUCUGAAAAGCGGCGCAUAUUCUCGCUCUGCUAUGCAGGCGAGACAAAAAACCUUUUGUAUUCGUUAACUGUA